AUGACUGGCUGCAAUGCCUCCCAGGGCCACCCCUCUUUCUUCCUUCUCCAAGGCAUUCCUGGGAUGGAGGACAAACACAAGUGGAUCUCUAUUCCUUUCUCUUCCAUGUACUUUGUCACCAUCCUGGGGAACUGCACCAUCCUCUUCACCAUCUCCACAGAGCGCUCCCUGCAUAAGCCCAUGUUCCUGCUCCUUGGCAUGCUGGCCCUCACGGACCUGGGCAUGUCCACAACCACCAUCCCCAAGGUGCUGUGCAUCUUCUGGUUUGACCAGAGUGACAUCAGCUUUGAGGGCUGCCUGGUCCAGCUGUUCUUCCUCCACUCCAUCUCUGCCUUGCAGUCUGCCAUCCUCAUGUCCAUGGCCUUUGACCGCUACGUGGCCAUCUGUGAGCCCCUGCGCUAUGCCACCAUCCUUUCCAACAGCCGCAUCGGGCUCAUCGGCCUCGUGAGUUUAGUGAGAGCUGUCCUGCUCAUUCUCCCCAUGCCCAUCCUCCUCCAGCAGAUGCCCUUUCAUGCCAGGCAUAGGUUGACCUUCUGCCACAUGGUCAUUCCUCAUACCUACUGUGACCACAUGGCUGUGGUGAAACUGGCCUGUGAUGACACCAGACCUAACCGGAUCUAUGGGCUCUUUGUGAUUCUGCUUGUGGUGGGACUUGAUUUGGUGCUCAUUGGCUUCUCUUAUGGUCUCAUCCUGCAGGCCGUGAGACGUCUCAAUUCUCGAGAUGCCAUCUGCAAAGCCCUUAACACCUGCUCAGCCCACCUCUUUGUCAUCCUUAUCACUUAUGUGCCUGCUCUCUUCUCUUCUCUCACCCACCGCCUUGGUCACAAUAUCCCACCUCAUGUCCACAUUCUUCUUGCCAAUCUCUACCUUCUUCUACCCUCAGUGUUCAAUCCCAUCAUCUAUGGCAUGAAGACAAAAGAUAUACAGAUCAAGGUGGCCAAAUGCCUGUGCAGAAGACAUUCAUAG